AUGCCAAGCUCGCGAAAGAGAGAGGAACUUGGGCGAGAACUCGGCGUUGCUGCAACGAGCGGCCGCGUGAGCGCUGUCCAACAUCUUCUUGCCGCUGGAGCGGACAAAGAAGUCCCGACGCCAUUGAUGGGCAUGAUGAUGACCCCCCUCACUGCAGCCGCCUACACGAACAACGAGCGCAUAGUGAGGGCGUUGAUCCAAGCGGGGGCAAGCGUUGACGGUGGAUCGAACACAGGCCAUACGCCUCUUCACUGUUGUGCCAUGGAAGGGCAGGAGGGGAUGAUGAAAGAGCUCCUGGAUGCCGGGGCCAAUCCAACGCUAACGACGGUAGAAGGGAAUACCGCAUUGCACACAGCAGCCCAGUGGGGGAACGCACGAGAACCGGUGCUCAAGAUGCUCAUUUCUGCGGGAGCAAAGAUAAACGCCCGCUGCACGAAGGGGUAUACCCCGCUAAAGCUCGCGGCGUGGAAGGGGACGGUCGAAGCGGUCAAGACUCUUCUGGAAGCUGGCGCCGACGUUCUAGCGAACGACUACACGGGCCACAGCAUUCUCUCUGGCGCUUAUCACAACAACAACGAUGCCAAGAUUGACAAGAUAAUUCAGUUACUCCUUGACGCCGGAGCGGAUCCCGACACUACAGACCCGGAUGGGCAACACCCCCCUCUCCUUUUAGCAGUUCAUGCCAAGAAGCCCAAGAUGAUCCGCUCUCUCAUCGCUGCCGGAGCCAACCCCAACAUCAUAUCGACCCAAGGCCUCACACCGAUCGGCCUUGCCGUCAACAUGGGAUUUGACAAGUGCCUGGCCGUUCUCUUGCGGUCCGGUGGGUCUCCGCAUUCUAAUAACAGAAGCGGGCCCACCCUUCUCCAAUCGGCCCUCCUCGAGCUCUACCCUACCUGCCUCGCCUUUCUCCUCCAAGCCGGGGCAAACCCCUACAACAUACACACGGACUCCUCGCCCUAUGCAGCGAAGCUGCAAAAGCGCUUGACUACGAAUUACAAGCUCGACACGCCUGAGGGGCGCUGUCGGCAAGUUAUGCUCGUGGCCAAGGCGUACAACGCGCGCUCGUGGCAAUGGCCGGCGUCUGCCCUCGCGACAUCAGCAAACCAAGAUGAGCAGGAGGAAGGGGACGGGGCGGGAAAGGGGGUGGUGGGUUCGAAGCCUGCGAGGAACGCCGCGAGCUGGAUGCGGCCGAGACGCGGUGUAUUUGUCCCCGCUGUACUCAGGUUUGUAACAAAGACGGAAAUGGGGAACAAGAACGUGAUCCAACACCGCCUUGAGAUGGCAUGAGGACCCAAGCGGGAGGAAACCUAGAAAGCUGUUCCCCGUUCCGAACACGGGACAAAAGGAUGGGAGAGCUGUGUGACAUGGAAGGGGGGGCGACGCAACUAGCGCACGUGACUCCGAGUCGGGCAUACGAGAAGAAGCUGUGUGCUUGGCCUGUUUAUUGUAACCCGAUGACACGUUCGGAUUGCUCAGGGUUUUGACCUUGAUUGGCGAAAUGUAUACUCUGUGUCUCGUAAGUAAACUAGGCCCAUCGCAUCACUCCAACCAC